AUGACACUUUCGCCGCCGGAACAGCGAACCACCGGUGAUGACACUUCUUAUUCUGGACCGGUGAUGAGUUUUGUACUCUGGACUAACGAGGAGAUAUGCAAGAGUCAAGGAACAUACAACUCCACAAUGUCGUGUUGUAGCAACAAGUGUGUUGAUGUGGCUUACGAUAACGAUAACUGCGGCGCAUGCAAGAACAAAUGCACGUUCACGCAGACUUGUUGUAGAGGAGAGUGUGUUUACUUAGCUUAUGAUAAGAGGCAUUGUGGAGAGUGUAACCAUAGUUGUUUGGUUGAUGAGUUUUGUGUCUAUGGGUUGUGUAAUUACGCGUGA